UCCCCAUCCCUCUCUAGCUUUGGCAACAACGCAGGCGACUGCGAGAUCCAGAAUCAUGGCGGGGGUGGGAGAGAUGGAUGUUGCCGGGACGACAAGGGAACCGGAGGUUCGGGCGGUAGUGAGCACCGUCGGCCACGGCGCCGAGCUACACGACCCCCCUGUAGUUGCAGCGGCGGACGAGAGCUACAUGUCAGACGAAGAAGUAAUGGAGUCUGAUACUGCAUUCAGCCAACGUUUCACAGCAAAACACUUGCGCGAAGUUGCGAAGAUAAAACUUAAUCCUAGCAAGAGGCGCUACAUAAAUGAAACUGCCUUCGGUGAUCUCACGAGCAUCUCGCCUUUCACAGUGCCACAUGAUCUGAUGGAAUGGUUAACAAUGAACAUUGACACUGACAGUCGUGAGCUCAGGCUGAGUCGGACUAAGGUCAUUGUGUUUACUCGAGACAUGGUGAAGAAGGUUUUCAAUAUCCCAUCAGGCAACAGACCAGUUGAGCUUUUCAAGAGACAUGAGCAUUGUGAGCUCCACAACAUUUAUCACAAGAAUGGCAGGGCUUCAAUUGCGCAUACAGUGGAUGUGCUUCAUCGAGCUAGGAAUGAUGAUGGCGAUACUACGAAGAGGUCAUGGGUGCUCUUAGCGCUUGCAACAGUUUUAAAUCCAAGCACUGGCAACAUGGUGCCACUAGAGUACUUGGAAAGCCUUGAAGAAAUGGACAAGGUUACUGAAUUUGCUUGGGAUGAACAUGUUUUAAGUGUUGCAAUGAGAGAGGUCAAGAAGUGCCAGGACAAGAUAAAAUCACAGGCUACUUCUUCAUUCUGGGUUGGGGGCUGCUUCCCUAUGCUCGCGUUUCGCCCUCUGUCAAAGAUACCAUACGCAGCAUUGCCUGCCCAAGGCCCGGUAGGCAACAACAGUGAAGUUGCUCAAGAUCAGCAGGUUUCGGACAGCCCGGAUUGUGAUGAUACUCAAGAUUGUGGAGCUGGAAAUAUAAACAUUAAUGAUAACCAAGAUGACGUGGCUGAGAAGAGAACCCUACGGAAGGUAGCAACCCAACGGAUAAUGGCAAAAGCACCGACGAAGAUGUGUGUGGUUCGCUGGAUGAUUGCCUUCAAAACCCGGCACCAUUUGGGGCAGUGCUUGAGCUCCCAUCACAUAUGGCUGCAAUCUACGACAAGCACACAAAACUAUAUGAUGCAAAGUUAAAAGGGGCUCCAAGUUCUUACAGGCAAGUGUUGCAAGCAAUACAUUGCAAGCGAAUGGAGCAGCUUCUCAAAGAUGUUCAUGUUGCUUCGUCAAGUUCUCAAGAAGCAGUGGAUGUUACCUUUGAUGUAUCGCUUCCUCACAGCAAUGUUGUAGACAAGUCAGA